GCUUUGUCUGCUGAAGUGAGAUACAGGGUAAACUCCAAUACAUUUAGAAUAGUGUGCAUGUCAGCGACAAGAGAACUUUUAUCAAUAACAUUCACAGAAUUAUUGGGAUGAAAGAACUUAAGGACUAUCUGAUAGGUGACAGCUGAGUUAAGGAAGUUAUGUUGUACUAAAUUGGAAAAAUAGUGGAUGCUGUGAACAACCUGAAUGGUUUUACUUCAUCUAGGAUGAAAGGUAGCUGCAAAUUAACAGUCACUAUUUAAUAUUUAUAUACUCAAAAUGUUGUACGAAACAGUGAUUUACACAAUAUUAGUAGCAAACAGUGCCUCAUAUGUUCAUUCUUUGAAAAAUAAUACUGAUGACACGACAGUAGACACAAGUGAAAGUAAAAGACAUUACACAAAUACAACAGAGACCACAUUGAAUGGAUACAGUACUUUAACCUCAACACCAGUAUAUAAAAUUUUAGAAUCUUUGGAGAAUAAUACGUAUGCACAUAAUUCGACAUUUCUGGUGGCCGGGAACCACUCUUUAGAAACAUUAAAUACAACUUCUCUAGCCGGGAAUAUGAACGAAAGUAUUUUUAUUGGAAUUAGCUCAGUCAAAGACAAAACAAUCUUUGUUGAUGGCUCUCAUAAAUUUAGUAACGUAUCCCAUUUUCAAAAUGAUAGUACCUUUGACAAAGUAUAUCCAAAUACAACGAACACAAACGACACGUCCACAAAUAGAACAACAUUUUUGAAUAACGAAACAGUACACAAAACGGAGACAAUUCCAACUGCAAAGAUAUCAAUUCAAGAAAAGGCCAAAACUGUACAUUCAACAAAAAGUAACGACGCUAAGACAUUGCUGCUAGAAGAGAAGAAAGUCAUGUUGCAACAUCAUUUGCAACUAGUGCCUAUGGAAGACAGACCUUUAGACUCGAUGAUGCUAAAAAGUCAGCGGUAUCUAAUAAGCGUUUUAGUACCCAUAGGUGUGGGCAUGAUUGGCGCUGUGAUGAUUGUGUGUACAGUUGUCAUUUUAAGAAAGGUUGCUAGGAAACGAAUGGUUCACACCCCGUUAGAUGACGAAACAGAGGCGGAAACGUCAAUAGCAUCACGUAUCUCAAGCAUCAGCACAGGCACGACAGAAAAAGUGUUUUUAUUACAUACGGACGAAAUUUGACAACCGAUGCAGCGAGUUUCCAUCAACAUAUUUUCUAAAUAUCACUGGAAGAUAAAUUGAAAUAACCAAGAUAUUAUUAACGACGUAUUCUGGAAAUGAAGGAGGAGAAACUGAAAAUUACCGCCAUUAAUCAUUCAUUUAUAUUUGACAAUCUUAUUACAUGUAUCAAUAAUAUCUUUCAACAAUGAUAAUAUAUUU